AUGCUGACCGCAGGCCGGUCAUUCACUUCUUGGAUAUACCGUGCCUCCGUCCUUUUGGCUCUCUGCCAUAAUGCGCUCUCCAAUGCGACUACCCAACCACCCCCGAGUGGUGCGCAGGGUGCUCUCCCUACGAGACCGUUGACAUGUCCGGCGAAGAGUACCUGGCAGAUGGAGGCGGAGCUCUUCAACCUACCACCAUGUCUGGAGACGCGUUGGGGACCGGGUCGCGAUAUGUAUCUUGCUUCAAUAUUGCCUGAUCCAAGUGCGGCAGCCGACGAUCCGGUCGUUAAUUCAUCUACAGUCUCGAGCGGAACGCCCGAAGAGACAGCGAAGACAACUCCUGACCAGAGCGCGGAACAAGACCAAGACACAGACUCGCUAUUGGACGGUGCUAGUUUCCUCUCAUUUGAGGACUGGAAGAAACAGAACCUAGCGAAGGUUGGACAAUCAGCUGAGAAUGUCGGAGGGAGCAGACGUGCUGCGGCAGCUGGAAAGGAAGACCGUCGGCAGCCGACAGGAAUCAAUAAUGCUUUGGAUUCACUGGGUGACGAUUCCGAGAUUGAGUUGGACUUUGGUGGCUUCGGCGCUGAAACGCCCGAGGCUAGUCCUGCCGCUUGGGACUCGCAUAUCCCGUCGCGCGACGCCGGGCACGCGGAUAGACGAGGCAAUGGGGAUGUACCAGGGCAGGGUGCGCUGCAGAGAGAUGCGUCGCGCCGUAAGGAUGCCGGCACUACUUGCAAGGAGCGGUUCAACUAUGCUUCCUUUGACUGCGCGGCUACAGUGUUGAAGACGAACCCCGAGUGCAAAGGUUCGUCCUCUGUGCUCAUUGAGAAUAAGGAUAGCUAUAUGCUCAACGAGUGCCGAGCUAAAAACAAAUUUCUUAUCUUGGAAUUAUGCGAUGAUAUUCUGGUUGAUACAGUUGUCCUUGCAAACUAUGAGUUCUUCAGCUCUAUCUUCCAUACAUUCCGAGUUAGUGUCUCGGAUCGGUAUCCUGCGAAACCGGACCAGUGGAAAGAACUUGGGGUUUAUGAGGCUCGCAACACUCGUGAGGUGCAAGCUUUUGCAGUAGAGAACUCGCUUAUUUGGGCUCGAUACCUUCGCAUUGAGUUCCUCACGCACUAUGGACAUGAGUUCUUUUGCCCUGUUAGCUUAAUUCGGGUGCAUGGUACCACUAUGAUGGAAGAGUAUAAGCAUGGCGAGAGCUCUGAGCGCGCUGAGGUUGAGGAAUUGGAGGCUAGUGAAGCUAGCCAGCUUCCGGAAGCCCCGGAAACCAAGCCUGUCGAGGUGCCGGUCGAGAAAUACAUUCCUGCAGAACCUAGCCUUACAGUGGAUGUUUGUCCGAACCCUCUAUUAGAGGCUGUGUCGCCUUUUGCGAAACAGAAUGAUAUAUGUGGUAUCAAUGAUGGGCCGCCUAUUCUGACUUCGUCGCCGCCAGGCGCAGUGGGUCAGACCAAUGUACCGUCGAAACAGAACUCUACUACUGCAGUUGGAGGCAGUCCCUCCGCGGCCAAUGUCGGAACCGCGCCGUCAAAACCUGAGGGUACUCGAAAGCAGAGUGAGCCUACCAAAAAUGUCGUGACCCCUCCAGAUGCCUCAAUCAUAUCUUCGAAGGCUGCUCAGCAAAACACCACAUCCGAGACCACAGGGAAGCCCACAACAAAUCCCAAAGAGGAGCAGAACAUUCCUCCGGAGUCGACUAGACCUACAAACACCCAGCCGCCAUCUGCAAACCCCACGACCCAAGAAUCCUUCUUCAAAUCUGUCCACAAGCGGCUUCAGAUGCUUGAGUCAAACUCAACCUUGUCUCUUCUUUAUAUUGAGGAACAGUCUCGCAUCUUGCGUGAUGCUUUCAACAAGGUUGAGAAGCGGCAGCUAGCAAAGACAUCUACCUUUCUUGAAAACCUCAACGUAACUGUACUCAACGAAUUAAGGGAAUUCCGCGAGCAGUACGACCACGUGUGGAAGUCUGUUGCUCUUGAGUUUGAGCACCAGCGUAUACAAUACCACCAAGAAGUCCACUCCCUCAGCGCACAGCUUGGUGUCCUUGCCGACGAACUAGUUUUCCAAAAGAGAGUCACCGUGAUCCAGAGCAUCAUGGUCCUCUGCUGCUUUGCCCUCGCCCUAUUCUCACGCGGCUCGGGCAGCAACUAUAUGGAAUUCCCCGCCGUUCAAAAAAUGGUCGCUCGGUCCUACAGUUUUCGGUCUUCAUCUCCAAAUUAUGCCUCCCCGUCGGCUAGCCCGGGAUCGACACGCGGGACUUCGUCAUACCGUGAGAACAAUGGCCAUCGCAGAAACCUCUCCGACUCAUCCGACCAAGAUAGCACCUCUAGUCCGACCGCGGCCUAUUCCCCGCCGACUCCUACGUCUUCUUCUUCACCGGAAAGAGAUAUGGAGGAGACUGAGAAGGUGGAAGAACCCGCCUUUCCCCAGCAUAUAUCUGUGUCUACUUUGGUGGCACCACCAGUCCGUUCUCAUAGUACGCCGCCUGUAUUGAAUGGGCGCCCUGUUGACUUGGAUAUGGAUCCGGCUGCGUGA